CCUACUAUCAUCUGGCAGAAUCAGGCAGACAGACCAGGUUUACCAGACUUGCCAGUCACUUUCCAAGAUGCUACGUCUGGUGAUCGUACUCGCGCUCGCUGCAUGCACCGUCUCAGCAUUAAAAAUUGGAGCAUUUAACAUUCAGGCUUUUGGAGACUCUAAAAUGGCAAAGCCUGAGGUGUGCACAGUUAUACUGAAGAUACUGCAGCGGUAUGAUAUAGCCCUAAUACAGGAAGUCCGUGAUGCCGACCUCAGUGCAGUCGAAACGUUGAUGACAGAACUGAACAGCCAGAGUUCAGGACCCGUUUAUUCCCACGUGGUCAGCGACUGUCUCGGAAGAGAUACUUAUAAAGAGCGUUACCUGUUUGUUUACAGGAACGACAAAGUGAAUGUGCAGGACAGCUACCAUUACCACGAUCACAGCAUGUACAGUGGAGAAGACACCUUCAGCAGGGAACCCUUUGUGGUCUCAUUCAAUGCUCCCGAGACAGUCAUUCAGGACUUUGUGCUGGUCCCAUUGCACUCUGCCCCUAAAGAUGCUGUUCGGGAGAUAGAUGCAUUGUAUGAUGUCUACGAGGACGUAUGUGAGAAAUUCCAAACUGAUAAUAUUAUCUUCUUGGGAGAUUUCAAUGCUGACUGCAGCUAUGUCACUAAAUCCGACUGGGACAGCAUUCGUAUGUACACAAGUGAGGAUUUUACAUGGCUCAUACCGCAUGAUGUCGACACCACUGUGGGAAAAACCGACUGUGCAUAUGACAGAAUUGUCAUCAGCGGUGAAGACCUGCACAACGCCAUAGUGCCCGACUCCGCAAAAAUUUUCAACUUUCAGAAAAAAUACAAACUGACACCAGAGCAGGCUUUAGAAGUGAGUGACCACUACCCCGUGGAACUGGAACUUAUGUCAGCAUAAGCCAACCCUGGAGCAUGAAAGUGCCAUUAGAGUGAAACCAAACCAGAAAAGUCAACUGAAUGGUGCUUUUUUUUAUUUUAUUCUGUGCAUAGAAAAACCUUAUGCCACAACUACAUUGACAAUUCACAGACCAUGCCCUUUGGGAAUGUAUUGCACACAGUACAGUUAUCUAAUUACUUUAAUGAGGUUGUCUUACUUUAGCAAAUGGCAUUGAUCAUGUAGAGAUAGUUAAUACGAGGCACUUACUAAUGCAUUGUGAUUGUCCAUAUUGUCUUCUUUGCUGGCUAGAUUCUUUUUUCCAUCACAUUACACACCGCUUGUAUCCAGGGGUUACGACCACCCUGCAAUCCAGCAGUGGUGGUUGUGCUUGCACAAUAUAGGAGAAAGCGCCGGCCUCUCUGGAGGCUGGGACUGUGGGAGCACGCAUAGACACGCAUGCACAGCAGCUCUCGUCCUGGCCAUCUCGUAUCUGCGCUUUGGCGGCGACCGCAGCCCCUGGAAACAAACCGUAAUAUAUAUAAUGCGAUGGAAAAAUAAUCCAGCCAAGCAAAGGAGGCAAUAUAGUCAAUUCCAAUACAUUAGUAAGUGCCUUGUGUUAACUUUUCUACAUGAUAAAUGCCAUUUGCUGAAGUCAGACAAUCCCUUUCGUGGAGCCACCUACUACACAGGUCAGUAUUUGCCUAAAUACAGUAUCUUGAGGCAAUAUAUUAUACUGUAUUAUAGACGUGUAGUCAACAUUUCACAUAACCGAAGUGUGACUUCACAUCUAAAGGUCUGUCCUGCAUUACUUUUAAAGGGAAACUGUAAUCAAAACUAAAGUUUCCCAUGUGUUCCAAUAUAUAUAUUUUUGCUGCUUUUAUCUUUAUGUAUCGGAGGUGCUUCAGUGACACUAUUUUUUUUUAUUGAGCCUUUAUGUAUCUAUGUGUCACUUAUACCGGUACCAGAAUUUCCUAUAAGAUAAAUCUGCACAGAGAAGUACUCCAUAUCUCCCAGUUAUACUGGUGAAGAUGACAAGUCAGCCUCCCUGACUGUAUAAUUCUCCUAGCUUAUUUUGGAGAAAAUGGAGGAAAGAAUAAUCACACCGUCCUGCCCGCAGACAGAUAUGGUACUGGCUUUAGCUGCCAAAGUGAUGCUGUGCGGGGGCAUCAUGACAUUGAUAGCAGGGAUCAGCCACCUCCGGCACUCCAGUUGUUGUGAAACUACAACUCCCAGCAUGGACAUUUGUUCAGCUGUUCUUGGAACUUCCACAGAAGUGAAUGGAGCACGCUAGGAUUUGUAGUUUCACAACAGCUGGAGUGGCAGAGCUUGCCGAUCGCUGGCAUAGAGGUGCAAUAUAUAGGGAAAGAUGGCGUCUGAUGAGAAGCAGACAGGAGGCUGAACGGCAGCCAUGCGAGUACAAUUUACAUAUAAGAAGUCCACAGUUCGAUAGACAAUCAGGGGUGUAUGGACAGUUGUGCUUCUGCUGGAGUGUUUUUUUAAACACAUAAUUCUAUAUAGGGCAGAAUAAGCAGGAUGGGCGCUCUAUGCAACAUACCAAAAAGCUAAAAACUGUGAUUCUAGCGUCACCCCAUUUCCCUCUCUUGUGAGCAGGGCCCUCACUCCUAGUGUUCAUUUGUAUUUUAGCCUGUAAUCCUGUGAUGUCCAUUUUGAUUUGUGCGUGCGCUUUUGUAUCCUUUUUUUUUCUAACGUAUAUGUCAAACAGAGGGAUAAAACGUGAUGGGAACCCAGCCUAAAGGAAAAUUCCAGAUAUUACAUAAUUGUACAAGAAUGAAGCCCCUAUAGGACAUCAGGAAAACAACUGUACAAAAAAUACAAAAACGUUAAAUCUAUAUUAUAUAUUAAAACUAAUGUCAAACUUCUGAGAUGUCAUAGAUAAGUGUCAGAAGUGUGAAUGGGGGAAGGGGAGAUAUCAGGAAAUACGGCUUGUUGUCAGAACUUCAUGUGCAGCUAAGGAAGGCAAAUGGGAUCCAAUGAGGCGACAACUUAUCACAUUACACAUCAGACGUUCGUCUAAUGAUAAUAUCUAAUGUAUAACUCUGUAUAUAAUGUACAACCUGUAACUAGUGCCUGUAUUUCAUAUUACGCUUAUCUAUUGUAAUAUUUUUUAUAAAAAUCUAUCUAUUCUAA